AUGAAAUCUUCAAUUUCCGUUGUCCUGGCCUUGCUGGGUCAGAGCUCGGCAUGGUCAUACGACACCAAGUCUCAAUAUAGGGCCAAUAUCAAGGUCAAUGCUCGUCAGACCUAUCAAACGAUGAUCGGAGGGGGUUGCUCCGGCGCCUUUGGCAUCGCUUGUCAGCAAUUUGGGUCUUCUGGCCUAUCCCCUGAGAAGCAGCAGAGGGUUACUCAAAUUCUCUUCGAUGAGAACAUUGGCGGCCUGUCCAUUGUUCGGAACGAUAUCGGGUCGUCCCCUGGAACAACCAUUCUGCCAACUUGUCCCGCGACACCGCAAGGCAAGUUCGAUUACGUGUGGGAUGGCAGUGACAACUGUCAGUUUAAUCUCACCAAAACCGCUCUUAAAUACAACCCGAAUCUUUACGUAUACGCGGAUGCCUGGUCUGCUCCUGGCUGCAUGAAGACGGUUGGGACUGAGAACCUAGGAGGGCAAAUCUGCGGUGUACGGGGCACCAAUUGCAAACACGAUUGGCGCCAGGCAUACGCCGACUAUCUCGUGCAAUAUGUCCGAUUUUACAAGGAAGAGGGCAUCGACGUCUCCCUUCUAGGUGCUUGGAAUGAGCCGGACUUUAACCCGUUUACCUACGAGAGCAUGCUCUCGGACGGAUACCAGGCCAAGGACUUUCUGGAAGUCCUCUAUCCUACACUUAAAAAGGCUUUCCCAAAGGUAGACGUCAGCUGCUGCGAUGCAACUGGCGCACGUCAAGAGAGAAACAUUCUUUACGAGCUCCAGCAGGCGGGUGGUGAGAAGUUCUUUGACAUCGCGACAUGGCACAACUACCAAAGCAACCCAGAGCGCCCGUUUAAUGCUGGCGGAAAGCCAAACAUACAGACUGAAUGGGCAGACGGUACGGGUCCGUGGAACAGCACCUGGGACUACAGCGGCCAACUUGCUGAGGGCCUUCAGUGGGCGUUAUAUAUGCACAAUGCGUUUGUCAACAGUGAAACCUCAGGGUACACGCACUGGUGGUGCGCACAGAACAGCAACGGCGACAAUGCUCUCAUCCGGCUUGAUGGCGACAGCUACGAAGUGUCGGCUCGGCUUUGGGCUUUUGCGCAGUACUUCCGAUUCGCCCGGCCGGGAUCCGUCCGCAUCGAUGCAAUAAGCGACGUCGAAAACGUCUAUGUGACAGCAUAUCUCAACAAGAAUGGAACGGUGGCCAUCCCCGUCAUCAACGCCGCUCACUUUCCUUAUGAUCUAAGCAUCGAUCUGGAGGGGAUCAAGAAGAGGAAGUUGAGCGAGUACUUGACCGACAACAGCCACAACGUUACCUUGCAAAGCCGGUACAAGAUCAGCGGCAACAAUCUCAAGGUGACUGUUGAACCGAGAGCGAUGAAGACUUUCUGGUUGGAAUAA